UUUGUCGCGGCUGCCUUCACGCGCAUAGAGCAGGAGUCAGACUGAAGGCUGAGACCCGUGGAGUGUUUUCUAAAACCCGUGUUCCCAGUGUUUGUAAGGGUUUUGUUAGUUUCAGUAGAUGGCUUAAUUGUGUCCUCUGAAGAAAGAAACGAUGGUGUUUUGUUCGAGAGUAGCCCGCCGUCUCCACGCAUCUACCGUUGCUAGCUAGUGUUGAGUGGUUAGCCGUACAGUGUAAUGGGCUAACAUCAACGUCAGCUCUGUGUCGAAAAUCACCCGUGGAUGUUUGACGGUAAAUGUGUGAUUACAGGAGCUGCAUGGGUCAGUUUGUUCAGUCCGACAGUUCUGGUUAGAGAACACUGAAAAGUAAGCAGCCGUAAGUUAACAUUGUGUCGCUAGCUGUCCCACUGGUGUGCGGUCCACUGUGCCACGGCUGCCGUGUAGCUGUCCACGUCUAGUCUCCUCUGCUGUGUUUAACGUUGCCAGCUGAGCUAGGCCACGUCCCUGCGGGCGUAUUUCAUCUACUGACAUUGGACGAAUUGCAGAGAAGAUGCUUAGUUUGCGGAAGGAAGAAGGAGAGUAAAGAUCAGUAGAAAUGUGAUAAGUCUUGAAUGUGUGUAGUGGUUGUAUUCGAGAUCGGUUGCCGCAUAUCCACGGCAUGUCACGUAGACGGAUGUGUUUCACACCGGGAGAAUACGCUCACUGAGCCGACGAGGUUGCGUUAACAACCUGAAGUAUCGCUAGACUUUGUUUUUGAAAUGGUUGGGUUUGGUGCAAACCGCCGAGGAGGCCGCCUCCCGUCCUUCAUCCUCAUCUUCCUUAUGGUGAUCAUCGCCAUACUGUCUUUCAACUACUGGACAGUGUCCAAUAAACACAGCCGCCUGCUGGAUGAGCUGGCGGAGGUGCAGACGCAGGUGAAGCGCACGGACGCGGCGCGGAGCCGGCUGGAGAAGCGCAACUCGGAGCUGAUGGUGCAGGUGGACACGCACAAGAAACAGAUCGACCAGAGGGAAGGAGACUACAGCGUCCUGGAGAGCAAGCUCCAGGCCCGAGAGGCGCUCAUCAAAAAGUGUGCAGACGAAAAGGCAAAGUUGCAGGGUGAAGCCUCUGCCCAAAUGACAGAGAUCCAGAGGCUCAAAGAGCAGCUAAAGGAACUGAAGCAAGAAUUUAUGAAACAGGAAGAGCAGCUCAGAGAAGUGAAGAAAAAUAGCACUACCUUGGAGAGAAAGCUGGAGUAUGAGAGUUUACAGUGUGGACGUCAGAUUGCACAACUUAAAGAAGAAUAUGAAGAAACAAAAAAAGCCCUAGAGGUGGAAGCAUCAAAGCUCAGACAGAGCGUUUUGGACGGCCAAAAGGGUGUAGUAGUGGGUAGACAUGCAGAGGGAGUACAUGUUGCAGAUGUGGUAGGAGAGCGCCAUACAGUGGCCACUCACAGACACGACAGCCCAGACUUAAAAGAAGAGAUGGGGAAGCCUGGCAGUGAUGCAGGCAUGCCUGGUAUUGAAGACAGUGAAGUGGGAAAAAUCGAGGAUGUACAGUUUGCCCUGAAAAAACCAGCCAUCACACAGAAACAUGAUGAGGCCCCUGAUGUUGUGGGUGCUGGAGCUGGACCUGGAGUUGGAGCAGCUGAUGGUCCAGGUGGCCAGGGCCUAUCUCUGGACCAGCCCAGACUCCAGCAGGACCGCGUGGAGGGCCGAGCAGCAGUGGGUGCCGCUCCGAGCCUCAUUAAACAGCAAGACAAACCAAUAGUCUUUGAGGAAGAUAACAAGGCAGGUAUCAAGGCCGAUGAACUGGGAGAACAACAGAGACAAAUCAGAGCUCCUGACAGCGUCAAGGGAGAUGGUGAACAUCUAAAGGGGAUCCCUCUGCCCCCAAACCCUGCCCAGGUACCCAACCCCAUCCAGCUUCACCACGCCAAAGACCAGGUUCCCGCCGAGCCGGUUCACCACCGCCAAAGCCGGUUCUUUGAUGAGAACGAGUCCCCAGUAGAUCCGCAACACGGCUCUAAGCUAGCGGACUACAAUGGGGAUGAUGGGAACGUGGGUGAGUAUGAGGCCGACAAGCAGGCCGAGCUGGCCUACAAUGAGGAAGAGGAUGGUGAUGGUGGGGAGGAAGACGUUCAAGAUGAUGACGACCGUGACAUGCAGGGAGAUCGGGCUGUGGAUUAUGGAAAAAGACAUCAAGCCAUUGACAUUCUCUGAAAAGGAACCUGUGCAGCUGUAACUCAUUGAAAACAUACAGACUUUUGGCUACAACCAAGGAUUCCUUGGUAUUGUUUGAACAUCAAUAUGUUUAAGAAUUUAAAGGCUGCAUCCUCAAUGUCAUGGACUCCUUUGAAAAACAGACAUUGCAACUAAUGAAUUAGAAUAACAUUAACUUAACAGACCAUACAGUAGGUUCAAAUAUCACAGUAAUGUCCUGAGCUGCUGUCAAUUUGCUAAUGUUCUAAGUUAUGACAGUAGAAAUGGUAUACUGUACAUAGACUGUUCAGUUUAUUUAAUGAAUGCCUCCGUUCAUGAAGCAGUGGUCUUAAAGAGCUCAUCUGAACUUUGAGGUCAAACUGUUUUGUUUUUGCUACGUUUCUUUACAAGUUGCUAUUGCUAGGUUGUGUACAAACUCCUCACCAUGGGAUGUUUAUCAAAACACUAAUUGGGCGUUCUGCCUCUAACAUCAUUUGGGACUCUUACCUCGAUGAACCUUUUUUGUUUACAGGAGUGAGAAUGCAUUAAAAAUGCCAAGGACUUUCCUCAUGGCCUACUAAAUCCUUUUCUUUUCUUUGUGACAGACAUUCAUAAGUGCUCAUCAUUCUGUUUUUAAAUGCUGCAUGUAUUUGAAACUUUUGAUCAAUAAUCAAACUGAGCAAAAUACUGAUGCUUAAGCAAUACUUAGAGUAUUGUCAGUAUCCUUCACAAUGUGCAGAGUCUAACCAAGCACAUCCGGAACUGGCAUAGACAUGCUUCCAUUAAGGUCUCUUUGUACAUAAUGUAGUUGAACUGUUACCAUUUGUACUGACGGAACUGAAUUCUUCACCUUUAGGGAAAAACUGAACAUCAAAUCAAUUCUGUUUGUGCAGCCAGGAAUAUUGAUUUCUCAUGGAAAGGCACAUUGAAUGUAAUUUAAUUUGAUUAAAGGUGAUUCUUCAUGUCA